AUGGCUGACCAACCACCUGGCUUCCGCAUUGCCAUUAUCUGCGCAUUGCCCCUCGAAUAUGAUGCCGUGACCUUGGCCUUCAACGAGCUCUGGUCGGAGGCCGGCGUCCCGCAGGGAACCCUCCCCAAAGGCUACAGCAAAUGCAAGACCGGCCACAUCGGAGGCCAAAACAUCAUCCUACUUCUCAUGUCUAGCAUGGAGAUAAUCAGUGCAGCAGCUGCAACAAUCGCCCUCCGACUCACACAUCCCCAAAUAGAACUGGCCGUUUUGGCUGGCAUCUGCGGCGGGGUGCCCAGCCCAGGGUCGGACAAUGAGAUACUACUGGGAGACGUGAUCAUCAGCAAAAAACUAGUUGAACGCGAUCUUAGCCGGCCGCAUCUCCACGUGUAUACAAAGGAAGAUACCACCCAAGAUUUUGCUGGCCAACCAAACAAAAUGAUCGGUUCCUUAUUGGCCAUCUUUUCAACAAAGCUCGGCCGAAGAGAUCUCCAGAACCGGACCACAACGAUCUUAGGGGAACUGCAAUGGCCGAAUCGUCGCUUACGGAUCCGUCACACUCCCAACGGAAUGACCACCGAGAAAAUUAUCCGAGAGAUUUAUACACGCCCUGCCGCAGAGGACACCCUUUUCGAGUCAGACUAUCUGCAUAGGCAUCGCAAUUCCUCAAGUUGUGGCUGUGGUAAAGCUACCGUGUGCGACAUAGCAAACCGUACGUCGUGUAAAGAGCUUGAGUGUGAUGUCGGGCGCCAGGUCUCGAGAAGACGACUCGAGUCAAGGAAGAGGCAAGAAGAACCAGGCAAGGGAGAAACCAUCACACACACAUCAGGGCCAUGGAUACAUAUAGGCAGUAUGGUCUCGGGUGACACUGUCAUUACAACAGGCGAAUACCGUGACCAGAUUGCCAGAGAACAUGGCAUCAUAGCCUUCGAGUUUGGAAGUACCAGGAUAUGUGGUGUAAUUCCGAGCAUUUUGGUCAAGGGAGUCUGUGACUACGCCGACAGCCACAAGAACAAUGAGUGGCAGAACUUCGCAGCAGCAGCGGCAGCUUCUGCGACAAAAGCGCUGCUGGAGUAUUACACGCAAGCAGACAGGUCAACAAUAACAACCACUCAGACAUGGUUCAUCGUCCCGUUUCUCUCGAAUCCGGGGUUCGUGGGACGAUCUGAAGUGCUAAAGCACAUCGGCCAACUAUUCGGGCAUGCGCAGCCCCGAGAACAGGCCAUACAAACAUGCUCACGAGUAGUCCUCUGGGGUGCAAGUGGCAUAGGAAAAACGCAGAUUGCGCUUGCUUAUGUAUACUGGCUGCACUACACACGAAAUUCUGUUUCGGUGUUCUGGGUCUCUGCAGGCAGCCAAGAGCAAUUCCGCCAGUCCUACCACUCCAUUGCUCAGAAAUGCGGCAUACCUGGAUAUGACGACCCCAAUGUUGAAGUUCUUUCCCUAGUGAAAAACUGGUUGGAGAGGGCGAAUCGGGGUCGGAGUCGGUGGCUAAUGGUCGUCGACAACGCCGACAACAUAAAAUUGUUUUCCCCUGAAAAGAGUGAACUUACACAACAUGCGGCCGGCCCGAGCGAGAUGUUAGCACGCUAUUUACCCGACUGUCAUCACGGAUCGAUCUUGUUUACGACCACGAGCGAUCAGGCAGAAAUACAACCGAUCGAGGGAACCCAACCACUUCAAGUUCUUGGGAUGAUCGAGAGCGAAGCACUGCAGCUAAUCCAAAGCAUUACCGGGGAAAAGGUUACGGCUGCGGAAAGCGAGCUCGUCGCUGAACGAGUCGGGUAUCUACCACUCGCCAUCGCCCAAAUCGCCAUAUUGGCACGCAAGAAAGACAUUUCCAUCGGCAAACUUCUGAGGCUCCUUGGCGUCAUUGAUGAUAGCGAGGCGAAUCUAAAGAGAGAUCAUGGCGUUUCGCCUUCCACUGCCGAGUUGGAGGAAAUACUAGAUCUACGUCGGGAGAUCCAUGGUCGAGCCCACCAUGAUACUGUUAAAAGUAUGACCGAACUUGCAGCAGCGUACUACGCCCAGGGGAGGUACAAAGACCACGAGAAGAUCACAACAGAAGUGCUAGAGCUGCGUCAGAAGAUGCUUGGUCAAACCCACCCUGAUACUAUCCAAAGUAUGACUGAACUUGCAGCAGCGUACUACGCCCAGGGGAGGUACAAAGACCACGAGAAGAUCACAAGAGAAGUGCUAGAGCUGCGUCAGAAGAUGCUUGGUCAAACCCACCCUGAUACUAUCCAAAGUAUGACUGAACUUGCAGCAGUUUGCUACGCCCAGGGGAGAUACAAAGAGCACGAGAAUAUUACAAUAGAAGUGCUAGCGCUGCGGAAGGAGAUCCUUGGUCUAGCCCACCCUGAUACUAUCCAAAGUAUGACUGAGCUUGCAGCGGCAUACAACGUCCAGAAGAGGUACAAGGAGCAAGAGGUGAUUGAAACAGAAUUACUAAAGCUGCGUCGGGAGAUUCUGGACCACAGGCAACCUGACGAAAUCGACGAGACCGACACCUUGAGGUUCACUGACAUCACCCAAGAUCAAGAACAGACAGAGAUUCCAGAAGUAUUCUGGGUCUCCGGAAGGUCCAUUAUCGAAAGUGACGGCACCUCCGGUCGAUCUAGUCCAUGGUCAAGCGUGAGGCUUGUGUCGACAAAGCCAUCGUCAUUGGAGGAGAACACAAAUGCUGGCAAUGAUGAUGUCGCCAAGCAAAAGAUUGAGAACUUCUUCAGACACACAGACAUCCCUUAUCAUCAAAACGAGGACGAGGAUGAAAUCAAGUCGAUGGUCUCCGGGCCUGAAGACAUCCAAUCACAAGAUGGUUCAGGAUCAGUUCGUUGGGAAGUCCGGACAGCUGCGGUCAGCUACCUAGCGGAACUUCUGAUCAAUGACCCGAAUCUGGUUCCUCUGUACGUGGACGCGGCUAAGCGCCUACAAGAUGACCGGUUCUUCCGAAAUCACGAACGUCUACUUAAGAAAUAUUACUUGUCGUUGCGCUCACAAGCUCCGAACCAGAAACAGAAGGUGGCCAUCGAAUUUCUCAGACCGCGGAUUCACAGGAGGCUAAUCUCGUUGAGUGUCCACGAGAAAAUCCUCUCGUACGACAAGGACAGUAGAAGCAAGGUCAACGCCACUCUCCCCGAAGACGACAAGCGGAACUUGACUUUGGAACUUUUCCUCAAUGGGGUUGAAGCCUUCUCAAAAAGCCUUCCGACAGAAAACUCGGGAAUGGCGCCGUAUUACGACGAAGAGGAAAGCUCCUCAGACGAAGAAGACCGCGAGAGCAUCAAAACGCUAGUGGAUCUCGAAGAGACCAGGAGCUUCUUUAUCUCUGGAGCACCGCUGGCCCAUUUCGAAGCUGAAUUCCGCAGUUUUCUCUAUCCGAUCCGUGAGGAAGUGGAGGAGACACCAGAGCUGGAGAUUUUGAAGCCUCUUGAGCGGACCAAUCUGAUGCAUUGGAGAGUGAAGCUAUCCUCUUGGCUCUAUGACUUGUGGUUUCCCCCGAAACCUGGCUAUGAGCGAGUUAGGUACACCUGUGUAAGUAGCUACCCUCUGGUUAUCCUGCUCCCCGGGAGACUCAAUCUGACCAACUCCAACAGGCUUGCGGCGAUGACAUGUUUCUUGAUGCCAGGGAGUUAA